AUGGGGCAAUUAUUAGGCCGAGUAAGUGGCAGAACAGGGUCUAACGACAUGGAUAUGAUUGUUGACUCUACACGGGCUACUCCUUCACGUAAGCGUAAAACAAAUGGUGAUGAUAAUACGGAAACACGGAAGAAAAAAAUCAGCAAACUGGAUACUGCGAAAUAUAUCCAUAAACGAUUGUUUGUUGAUGGUGCCAAAUCGGACAUAACAAUUAUUGCAUUGGGACGAACAUGGAAUCUCCACAGACUUUAUUUGGAGCAGUGCAAAUUUUUCGACAGCUUAUUCAGAGGACAUUGGAAAGAUAGUAAUAAUGCAGUGAUACAGAUUGAUAUAGUUGAUCCGAAUGUCACGGUCGAAGGACUUAAUAUGGUUUUGGAAUCGUUGUAUCACAAUGAAAUUGAACUGGAUUUAGAGAAUGUUACAAGUCUCAUUGCAUCAGCUUCAAUGCUUAGUCUGGAUAGUGUUAUGGAGCGUUGUGCGGAAUUGUGUGCCGAGUCACUCACUGAUGAACGAGUACUUGAGUUCCAUAUGCUUGCCGAACAGUAUGGUCUUCCGGAAUUGUCCGAAAAGUGUUUUAAAUAUUUGAAAGAUAAUUUUUGGCGAUUAUCUAAUAAAUCGUCAAUUCUUUAUACAGUCAGUCACGUAACAAUGGCAAAGUUGAUGGCUGCAUCAGAUUUGUUGGUCGUUGAAGGAGAACUUGAUCUGUAUGAAACAAUCAAAAAGUGGAUCUUCUUGCAAACAGUUCCUUAUGUUAUGGAAAAUAAAGAAAUACGUACUGAGAUGGAGAAAUAUUAUUCGUCACUAACGGAUGAUGAUAAGGAUACGUUGUGUCGUACUUUUGCGGACAUAACUUGUAAUAUCCGUAUCGGGCACAUUGUUUCAUCUGUAAAAACGAUUGGCGAUUUGCGAAAAGAUCCACUUAUUCCAAAUGAAAUUAUCGAUCAGGUGCUUGCUGACAAUUGGUUUUUGCUUUUGUGCAAUGAAGAAAUGAAAGAGCAGAUCGAAGUUAAAGAUGAAGAUUUCCAUCUUAAUGCUCAUCGAUUAGGACGAGUACUUGAUUCAUCUCCAAAAUGUUGGCGGUGGUCUGGUUUCAAUUUUGGUGUAGAUCUGCUACUAAAUUACAGUGAUGGGGUGAUAACUUUAAAGAGGAACUGUUUAUCUCAGUGGACACCUUAUUCGACCAAUUUGAAAUUUGAUAUAAUGCUGCACUAUCGAAUGAUUAUUGGAAACAAGCACGGCAAAUUUCUGUACGACUCGACCAUUCGUAGUCGUUCUUUGCGGAUCGACCAGACGGUUGUUAUCGCACGCUUCUUACCAGCUGCAGAAGAAUUUCCGGUUGCAGUGCACUUUUUUUACUUGGCAACAUUACCUUCAAAGCCUGUUUCGAGCUAUUGGGAACCUUACUUAAAGAAAUCUGGUAAUUUUUAA